AUGACCAUUGAAUCAGAUUUGGAAAAAAAUAGAGUUGAAGAAUUAGACCACUUGCUUACUUUAAUUAAACCGAAAAUCCUUCAAUACAUUGCAGAAGCCGAUCCUAAUUCGUCUAAAUAUAAAGCUAGCUCAUUAGGGACAUACCAUGAACCAAGUUUUUUAAAACAGGAAUUAAUCAAUGAUCUGGAUAAUAAUUUAAUGAAACCAGCUAAUGAAGAUCAAUUAUGGGAGAUUAUUGAUAAAGUAUUGGCGUAUUCUGUCAACACCUGGAACCCUGGCUUUUUAGAUAAAUUAUAUGCUUCAAAUAACCCCAUUGGUGUCAUUUCCGAUAUCAUUUUAAGUGUAUUGAAUACAAAUUCUCAUGUGUAUACAGUCUCACCAGUGUUGUCGGUGUUGGAAAAUUAUAUUGGGAAAAAGUAUGCUUCGUUGUUCUUCACCGAUAAUUUACAAACUUGUGGUGGGUUGACUUUCAGUGGUGGAUCAUGGUCUAAUAUCACUAGUAUGCAAAUUGCCCGAAGUAUGAAGUUUCCCCUGACUAAGCAACACGGGAAUGGUGAUCAUAAGUUUGCCAUAUAUACUAGUAAACAUUGUCAUUAUUCAGUCGUCAAAGGAGCUAUUUUGUUGGGAUUAGGAAGCGAAAAUGUUUUCAAAGUUGAUGUGACUAAGGAGGGCACUUUGAAAGUGGAUGACUUGGAAAAAGUUAUUGAACAGUCGAUUGAGGAUGGAUAUACUCCAUUAUAUAUAAAUUCCACUGCAGGAACUACAGUGUUUGGAUCAUAUGACCCAUUCGAAGAGAUUGCUAAAGUGGCUAAGAAGUACAAUAUCCAUUUCCAUAUUGAUGGAUCAUGGGGUGGUAAUGUUGUAUUCUCACCCACAUACAAAGAUCGAUUAGCCGGAUGCCAAUACGCUGAUUCAAUAACUGUCAAUCCACAUAAGAUGUUGGGUGUACCAACAACUUGCUCUUUUUUACUUAUCCCUCAUGUGGCCCAUUUCCAAACAGCAAUGUCAUUACAAGCGCCCUAUUUGUUUCAUGGUCGUGAUAAUGAUGAUGAUGAAAAUUAUGAUUUGGCCGAUGGAACUAUGGGAUGUGGACGUAGAGCUGAUAGCUUUAAAUUUUAUUUGAGUUGGUUGUAUUAUGGACAAAUUGGAUUCCAACAUCGUGUUGAUCAUGCGUACAAGAUUCAAGAGCAUUUCGUGAGUAGGAUUACUUCCUAUCCUGGUGAUGUGUUUGAACUUGUGGGUCCAAAAACACCGCAAUGUUUACAAGUUUGUUUUUAUUAUCACCCGCCAUCGGUAAAAGGAGAUAAGUCCAGUGGUUCUGCUGGUGAGAGGAAUACUGAAGUAACGAGAUAUAUCUCCAGAGAGUUGCAUAAACAAGGCAAGUAUUUGGUUGAUUUCAGUCCUAAUCCUGAAGAUGAAUCACAAGGAGAAUUUUUCCGAGUUGUUUUUAAUUCACCCAUAUUGAGUGAUAAAGUAGUUGAUGAUUUGAUUGAAAGUAUUGUGACAGUUGGUCAAGAGUUGCAAUAA